AUGGGCGACUAUCAAAAUCGAUCCGAUAGCAUGCGCUCGGCUCGAAAACGCCGCUUCGCUAGUCGCAUCAAAAAUUCCCAUCCUGUCCAACCUACGCGAUCAUCCGCUACCCAACCUGGUUUCGUUGCCAUGUCCGCCUCAAGCACUCCCUCCGAGCGACGGCCGUAUAAGCCCGUGUGA